UCACCACAUGCGCGGCAGGCUGCGCGAUUUAUAAAUUUCGUACCAAAUGGUAGCGGACACAAAUCUAUAAUCAUCGGAACUAAAAAUGUCAGCUGCAUCUGUAAGCAGCUCGAUAGUUAACGCAAAUGAAAACAGCAACAACAGGACAGACGACAGUGAUAAAAAUAAAAUGUCUAGUGUCAAAAAGAAAAGGGAUGUAAAUACAAACAGUGGGAAUGAUACAAUUAUAAAAGUGAAAAGUGUUAUUCCUAGACGAAGACAAGAGCUGCUGAAAUGGUGGGGCUGGGGCUACAAGGACUCCAAGUUCGAGGUUGUCGACCAGGCGGCGCGAUUCACCGGCGACAGAUACUUAAUAGGCGGGAAAACCCUCCCGCACUUCGCCCCAUGGGUGGUCCAGAACCUUAACAUCGACCUCAGCAAGCUGCCCAAAACCACGCCACUUCCCACAUCAUACCCUGACAGCAGGCUGCCCAGCAACGUUCGCGAGGAGUUGGAGAAAAUAGCGCUGGUCAGCGUGGAUGGGAUGGACCGGCUGAUCAGGGCGCAUGGACAGACGCUUAGUGACAUGGCACAGCUCAGGAGCAACAGUUUCCCGAGGAUACCGGACGCUGUUAUAUGGCCGGAGUGUCAUGAGGAUGUCGUAAAGAUAGUCGCACUCGCAACUCGCCACCAGUUCGUGAUAAUCCCAUUCGGCGGAGGCACUUCAGUGUCGGGCUCCAUCACGUGUCCAGCUCGUGAGCCGCGUCCCAUCGUGGCCCUCGACACCAGCGAGAUGAACUCCAUCCUGUGGAUCGAUCGCGACCAACUCCUGGCGCGUGUACAGACGGGUAUAGUAGGCCAAGACCUGGAGCGUGAGAUGCGCGCCCGCGGUCUCACCGUGGGCCACGAGCCAGAUUCCUACGAGUUUUCAACCUUAGGCGGAUGGGUGGCUACACGGGCCAGCGGCAUGAAGAAAAACACCUACGGAAACAUCGAGGACCUUAUUGUUCAGACCAAGACGGUGACGCCAACGGGCGUGCUGGAGAAGAGUUGUCGCGUGCCGCGCAUCUCGUGCGGGCCGGAGUGGGAGCACGUCGUCAUGGGCUCGGAGGGCUGCUUCGGGGUCGUCACUGAGGUGACGAUAAAAGUGCGUCCACUGCCGCCGGUGACCCGCUACGGCUCGCUCGUGUUCCCGGCGUGGGAGCGCGGCGUGGCCUUCGAGCGGGAAGUGGCCGAGAAGCGGCUCCAGCCCUCCAGCAUACGGCUCAUGGACAACGACCAGUUCCGCUUCGGCCUCGCGCUCAAAUUCGAGUCGUCGUGGGGCGGCGUGAUCCUCGACGGCCUCAAACACCUCUACAUCACUCGCAUCAAAGGCUUCGAUCCGGCCAAACUGUGCGUCGUCACACUGCUGUUCGAGGGAGAGGCUGAAGAGGUGACCGAGCGUGAAAAAACGAUCAACGCCAUCGCCGCUAAAUAUGGUGGCGUGCCGGCUGGUGCCACGAAUGGAGAGAGGGGAUACACGUUCACCUUUGUCAUCGCUUAUAUCAGAGACCUGGCGCUGGACUACAGCGUAGUGGCGGAGUCGUUCGAGACGUCGGUCCCGUGGGACCGCGCGCUGGCGCUGUGCGCCGCCGUCAAGCGACGAGUGCGCGCCGAGUGCGAGCGCCGGGGAGUGCGCCACUACCACAUCUCCUGCCGACUCACGCAGACAUACGACGCCGGCUGCUGCAUUUACUUCUACUUCGGGUUCAAUUCGUCGUCGUUCAAAGACCCCGUUGCGAUGUAUGAAAAAAUCGAAGAGGCCGCUCGAGAUGAAAUUAUCGACUGUGGUGGUUCUAUAUCUCAUCACCAUGGUGUUGGUAAACUUCGAAAAAAAUGGUACAAAGAUACAGUAAGCGAACCCGGGCGAAGAUUAUUACUCGCCGCUAAGCAAACUCUAGAUCCCGACAAUAUUUUUGCCCUUGGAAACAUGGCGUUUGGCGAAGACCAACACGAAGAGGCAAUAGUUAAAAGCAAACUAUAAGUUGUACAAAAUAUCACAUAGUUUUACUUAUUGAGAAGUGACAAUAGCAACUGAUUUUUCAUAGGAAGCUUUUCUGUUAUAGCGGCAAGUCAGUUUUGAUUUGUUACUGGGCUUGCGAGCUUUUUGUUGUGGAAAAAAAUAUUUGUCUUUAAUGCACAUGUAUCAAAACAAAAUGUAAACAUUAACCCCCUUAUUCAUAAAACUUAGUAACCUGUUACAAACAUCUGUUAAAUUUUGUCUGUUUCUAACAAACAGAAAUAUCAAAAUGACUGAUAGGGACAAACGAUUAUCAAUGGUUUUUUUAGAUUUGACAAACGUUGAUUAAUAACGCCAUAAGGGUCGGUUGCACCAUAGAGUAACUUAUCCUAGAGCGGCACUGUCAUAGUAAAUUUUGUAACCCGAGUAAAUUCACUGCCAUCUGUCGACACACUUUAAAACUAAAAAUGAAGAUUUAUAAAAAUACGAUAAAAUGUAUUUAAAUAUGGAUAAAUGAUUUUUUUUAUUUGCAUUAAUUAUGUUUAUGAUUUUGACCCAUGUUCUUUCACUGAUAUGCGUUAAAUUUUUUAAAUAACAAACGAAACCGUCAACGCCAUCUAUACGACAGUUGGCUAAAGCUAGUAGCGCCCUCUGAACGAGAAUCAAAUUUUCUUAAUUUUCGAGGCACGUUUUUUCCUUAGACUGUAUCCAUCUAUUACGAAGUUAUAUCUAUCUUUGGUUGCACCAAAUGAGGCCUACCGCGUUUAAUUUCGCCGCUAGGGGCGCUAGUGUACAUGGAGGCCUUUCAAAAUGUCAAAAGCAUAGAAGUUUUGAGAUCUGUUUUUUUGGACCUACAUCUACAGUGGCGCCAACUGGUGAGCACAAAAACGGUUCAUUGUUUAUAGUUCGCUAAAUUUUAUUCUAUGGAAAGUUUCAUAGUAAACCGCCGCGGCGCGCCGGAUGACCUUGAUCAGUCUGUCAAGUGCGGAUGGUGCAACCGGCACUAAGCCUACUUCUCUUUUGCGGUGUUCUUCACGAUUUUCCAUUUCUUUAAACAAGACCAAUGAAAGCAAUGUCAGGACACAACUCUAUAGCAAAACGAUGUGGCCUUUGGCUUUACAGAAAUACCUACAAGUUGGGUAUCUUAUUCAUAGGAUUUAUUUAUUUUUUCGGAUUUUAUGGAUGAUAAUAGAUUAGUCUGGUCAGAACAAUGGUUAAGUAUUAUGUAGGUAGCAUAGAUGCGUGUUUGUUGUGAGCAGUGCCUUCGAACAUGCGGUUUUAGUUCAUAAAUUAUUAGAAUCUAGGUCAAAGUGAUUUGUAAACUUAUUUUGAUUAGAUAAUUCACGGGUCACGGCAUAAUUUUAUAUUUUUACAUAAUUGAUAGUUUUUAAGAAGAAAACAUUUGGGCACCUGUAACAAAACAGCUUUUUUUUUUUGAUCAUUUAUGGUAACAAAACAGCUAUCUUAAGUAUUUUUAUUUUAUGUGCACUAAUACAAGCAAUUGCUCAAUUUAAUUAAAUAAAACAAUACUCUUUUUACUCCGACCACGCUAAGUUUGCAGUGCAAACUUUGCACUGACUUGGCAGUAACAAUGCAUACAUAACCCAUUGGAAAACUUAACGUGGUCCGACUCUACCAGUUUUACCGAUCAAAACAGUUACUCUAAUCAUUUAAUUUUACACGGAAGACUCCGUCACAAUGCCAAGUACUAUGUGCAAUAAGCUUAACAUUCCGUACCAUUAGUUUAAAUUUAGUUAUUGUUAAUAUUGUAUUUACACAUGCAAACUGACAAAAUAUGUACCUUAAAAUUCAAUUAUGGACAUUAAAGAAAUUGUGUUAAAAAU